ACAGUAUUUUGCCAAACAGAUAUUGAAGAUGUGAUUUUUGAAAUCAUAGUAACACAGUUUAAAGAGAAAGAUAAGAUUAUUAUUCCUUUUACAUUAAAUGUCAAAAGGCUUUCAGGAAAAAUGAAUGUUGAAUGUUGUCCUGAAGAUUUAACAUUUAUAGCCCGCUAUUCUGAAGCACCUCAGGUUGAACUGUCCACUGACGCAGUUAAUAACAGUAUUGCAGCUCAGGAAGAUUAUCAGGCAUUAUGUGAUUUAGUUAGUGAAAUAACCACUGAAGCUUUACUGUCGUCAAUCAUAAAUUUAAGAUUUACUUGUUAUCCUGAGUGUCCUCGACUUUCAAUAAAACCAUCUGCUUCUGAUAAAGUGUAUGAAGCAGAUGAAAAUGAAAGUGGAGAACAGUUACUGGUUAAAAUAAUAAAAGCUGCAAAUAUUGGAGGUAAUAAAGGUUGUUUAAAACCUUACUGUGUGGUUGAAAUGGAUGAACCACCUCAAAAAUAUGAAACCCGAGAUGUUGAAGAAAAAAGUAACCCUUUCUGGGAUGAGUCAUUCAUAUUCACUGUGAAAGAUGUUUCUGCUGAGCUGCUUUUUGAAGUAUAUGAUAAAGGCAAAUCUUCCAAUGAGAAUUUCCUUGGUCUGGGUAUAGUGAGUGUUGAAGAACUCAUAAAAAAUCCUAGCCAAAGACAAAUUAUUCCAUUGCAAUCAAGACCUAUGGAAAAAGAUGAUGUCACAGGUUCUCUAACUACUGAAUUUUUGUUCUUGAAUCAAAUAACUCCUGUAUCAGAACCUACAUAUUUGGCACAACAUAAUGGAAUUGGUGAUGGAUUGCAUGGUCCUGGUAAAACAGUGGAAACAAACAGUAGAGUUACAGCUGGUGGUACUGUUAUCACAACAACUACAAUAAAAAGGACUAAUCAAGAAACUUGUGGUAGACCAGAAGCCACAUCUAAUGUGAUUGCUAACUCUAUUUCCAACAAUUCUGCUGGGCCUAUUUUAACAUCUGUGCAUGAAGCUGCAGAAGAGCAAAAUCAUAAGAUGAAUUUUGCCAUAAAUGAACAAGCUGUUGUAUCUGAUGCAAAUAAAAUGAAUGGGGAUCCUAAAAUGCAUAAAAGCAUCAUUGAAAAUAACCAUUUAAAUGAAAAUCUAAAUGAAGUAGAAUCAGCUUUAAAAAAUGUAAGCACCUGUAUAAAUGAUAAAAUUGAAGGUAUUACAUUGAAUACAACUUGUAAAACAAAAGAAAAUAAUGAAUCUGAAAAAAUGAAUUUAAACUCUGAAAAACAAUCUAGCUUUCUAAAUGGUGUACCUGAUUUAGAAUGUAAUACAGUGCAUGUGCAUGCUCCUCCUAAUACCCCUGUCAUAUUAGUUGGUGACUUAUUGCCAAAAACUGACGAAAGUUGCUCUCUUCCUAUUAAAAUUGAGGAAAAUGGAAUAAUAGAUGCUACUGAAUUGCAUGAUGUCAGUGAAACUGUAGAAAAUAGCAUGUCUUUCUCUAGAGACACUGAUAGCAGUAGCAUAGAAUUAUGUUCCACUUUGCCACCUAUAGCGGAACAGGUAGAAAUUAGUUCUUCAUCUUCGAAAGGUUUAGAGAAUUAUAAUGACAAUGAAGCAGAUUUAACGGGAACAGCAUUAAAAGAAUUAGAGAAGCAUAAACCAAAUGCUAGCAAAAGUACUUUAAUCAUCCACAGUGUACAAAGAGAAAAUACUCAACCUAAUGUUAAGGUAGCUAUGGACAAAUGUGGACAGUGGCAAGAAGUUCAAGAGCCUGAUAGCUCUGUGUCGGAAAGUUUAGAGGCAUCACCUGCUAGUCGUGUUUCAAAAGAUUCUCGCACAUCUUAUUCUGAAAGUGUUCCCUCAUCGCCUUCUCAAGUUCAAAGUGGAGAUGACAGAUCUAGGUCAAAGGAGAAAAAAAAUUUUAUUGGAAGUUUGAAAAGGAAGUUAAGCUUUCGUAAACCACGGUCGAAAUCAGCUGAAAAUAGAUCAGAAUCUGCAGAAUCUAAUUAUAGUCAUGGGAGUAGUCGCAGUGCUUCCACAGAUCGCUUUAAACAUCUUCCUGGUCAUAAACUUUCUCCGUUUAAAGGAAAAUUUAUCGGACAAAAACAUUUAGCUGUUCCAGGCAGCACUCGUAGUAGCUUAAGUGAAGCUUCAGGAAUAAGCGCCUCUUCCAGCCGAACCUACAUCAAUGAAAAUUCAACUUUGGUGGUAGAAACUAAUGAAAAUGGUAUUAUUAGGCGUUUCAUGAUUCCAAAUUCUCUUAUUAAUAGAAGUAAAUGGAAGAAAAAGGGUGUCAAGUUACAUAUAUUUAAUGAUCAUGUAUUUGUGGCCAAGCAUCUUUCAGGGUCAACUACUUGUAAAGUGUGUCAAAAAUACUUAACCAGGAGGCCUGGGAAACAAGGCUAUGAAUGCAGAGGGUGCAACUUACAGUGCCAUAAAAGCUGCCAUGUAAAAGUUACUACCUAUUGUUCAAAUAGUUCUGUAAAUUCUAUGGAAGUUGAAUAUAUUCAUGAUCCCAGAGGGGCAACUCCAAAAUCAAUCUAAUUUUCAGGCCGCAUUUAAACUGCAAAGUAUCAGCAUAUGAAAUUGCUUUGUACAACAUAGGAUGCUUCAUACUGUAUUUAAGUCUUUCAUUAAUAAGUGCGCCAUUGUGUAAUAUGUAUUUUUUAUCAAAUCACUCGAUGAAAGCUGUAGUUGCUUUAUAAAGUUGCCAUUAUAAAUGAAUGUUACGCACCAGUUGCCUGAUACAUACAUAUAUAUAUAUAUGUAUAUUUAUUUACAUGUAUGCAUAAGCAUAUAAAUAAAAAACUAGUGAUAUAAGACUUUCAAAGCAAAAAUUCUUAUUAUGCCUCUUAAAAUUAUGUUAAGAAAGAGUUUGCUUUAAAUGAUUAUAAAAUAUAUUUGUUAAUUAUGAUAAUUUUCUUGUAAAUGCUCAUAACUUAAAGGACCAAUAUAGUGAAAUGCUUUACUUAUCCUUGUUAGGAGCAUUGGAAUUUAAUUUGGUACCCUUGCUUUUUUUUAUAUUCUGUGUUCCUUUAUGUAGUUUUAUAUUGUUAAGUGUGUGUUUAAGUAAAAUGUAAACUAAAAUCUUAAAUCUUGAUUCCACCCGCUUUAUUAUUUUCUUUUUUGUUUAUUUCACCUUGUUAUAAUUUGUUCCUAUAAUUUUAAAUAAUGUUUAUUGAAAAUAUUGUUGACAAUCGCUAAUUGCUGUUAAUAUGUUAAAUGUUUAGAAAAUAUGUUCCUGUAUUUUUAUAGAGCUGAUUGUUAUCAAGUGAUAAAAGUACUUAUUUACAUUAGAAUGCUCAGAAAUAUUGAUUUUAUCUCCUGUUGUUUUUUAAUGUUUUUAUCUUACGGAUUUGUUUAUUUUUAAAUAUAUGUUCCUGUCAUGAUUUUUAAUUAUAUGCUAGAAUACCUAUAAGGUACUGUUAUAGCAGUCUACAGCUAAUUUGUUUGUAAUAGAGGCCAAGUUCAAUAAUUGUGUAUAAUGUAAUGUUAUGGAAUUAUUUAUUAUCAGGGUUGGAAAUAGGAUAUUAAUUUUAAAAGGGUUACAUACGUUUUUAUCUAAAUGUAGUCUAUAUUACUUUUACAGGCAAUUUAUUUUAAUACGUGACUGAAAAUUUUUAAAUUUGAAAUAAUUUGUUAAUAUUUUUAAUGGUGAACUUUGUUUUGAAGUUUAUUAAAAAUGUAUUCAUCUUAAUUGGCAUUAAGUAAUUAAUUUUAAAAUAUAAGUAAGAACAACUUGGUUGAUGAUAAUUAGUUAAACUUCAUUAUUUUUUAAACUUUUUUAAAAGCAGCAAAAUCGGUUAAUUAAUAUGAGGUCUUUUUUUACUAUUAGUUGAACUAAUACUAUUCUUGCAAAUCUAUUUAUGGAUUUCCAAUUCAAUUUUACUUUUUGUCUCAGUUUCAGAAGUUAGCUUUCAUUUCCAGGUCAUAUUGUAUGUCUUUCUACACAUAAAAUCAUUAUAGUUAUGGUCAGAGCUUCAUUAACUUCUUAUUUUGUGCUGUAUGACUUGGAAAGUUUUGUAUGGUGAAGUCUGGAUAUGCAUCCUUUAUGAUGACUUAUGCAACAUAAUUCAACCAUAAAUAAUAUUUUACUCACACAGACAUAAGAUAUGUGUAUGUAUGUAUAAUCUAUUAAUUAACCCUGAUAAUCAUCUAAUGACAUAAGCUUAUAAAUUAUGAUCAUAAACUCAGUCUUUUAUGCCAAGAGAUUCCCUUCAUUUUACAUCUUUUGAACAGUACUUUAUGCAAAUCAAGAUAUUUAUUUUAUAAAUUUUUAUUAAAACAAUUAGUUUUCUUUCUGAUUGCUUCUUAAAAUUUAUGACUGGAAGUUGUUAGAAUUUAAUAAAUUUAGUUUUAUGUCUUAAAUGUGGAAAUAAGUGUGACAUGCUUCUUAUGUAAUAUGUGGUUUUGUUAGUGUUUAUUCACAUAUAUGUAUAUCCCUUUAUAAGUAAGAUAUACUGUAUGUAAAUUCUACUAUCUAUUCAUUCAGUAUUAAUUAUGCAUUAUGUUUAAAAUAGUUAUAUAAAAGAAAUAUGAAAGUAUUUUGCAGUAAGAUAAUCCUUAUCUUUUUGUUCAUUUAAAUAUAAUGUUCAAAAUGUUGUGUAUAAAUUUUUGGAAUAUUCUGUACUCUAAAUUUUAUAUUGGAAUACAGAAUAAUCCAUAGCAUGAAUAAUUCAAAAAAAAAAAUGAUGGCGAUCGCUCUGUGUACUUUUGCACUUAAUCCUUUUAUUUAACUCUUUGAAAUUCAUCUUGUGUAUUACAUAUACAUUUUUUCUAUACAUUUGUUAUUUGUACAAGUAUUUGUACGAUAAUUUAAAUAACCACAUUUUGAAAAAUACAACUAUACAACUUUGCCUUUCUAUAUCUCUUUCUAUGUUUAGAGAUGUGUAUGUGCAUAUGUGCUGUAAUACUCUUAUAGUCUAGAUAACUAAAUUUGAAUUUGUGUACUAUAAAUACAAAAAUGAAAUUAUUUAUUUUGCUCCAGACUGUUUCUUUUACAUUAGUAACAAUAUUUAAUUUUUGUAAUUAAAUAAUUUAUAUUUUCUUUUUAAGGAACUGAGAAAGCCUUUCUUCCUUCAAUGAGGUCUCCUACUAAAAUGUUUGAAUGGUCAGUAAUAUUCCAGUGAUAUUUACUGCCAUGGAUACUCUGUUUUAAAUGAACGUCUUUUUGUUUAUUUGUAUCAAUGAUUUUAUAUGAAUUUCUUUAAUUAAAAUUAUUUUAGUAUGACUUCUAUUGUAUAUUAAACUUUAUUAUUCAGAAUAUA